AUGACGCUCACCUUUUUUCUUGCCGUCUUUCAGAACAAUCUGGAUGAACUUUUUAUGCUUAUGCACUUCCUUGAUGCUGGAAAGUUUGGAAGCUUGGAGGAAUUCCAACAGGAAUUUGAGGAUAUUAGUCAAGAAGAACAGAUUUCAAGACUUCAUAAAAUGCUGGCACCCCAUCUGCUCAGAAGGGUCAAGAAAGAUGUCAUGAAGGAGCUACCUCCAAAAAAGGAGCUCAUUUUACGUGUGGAAUUGAGUAGCAAGCAGAAAGAAUAUUACAAAGCAAUUCUGACACGUAACUUCCAGAUACUGACUCGCAAGGGAGGUGCUCAGAUUUCCCUCAUAAAUGUGGUUAUGGAACUGCGGAAGCUCUGCUGUCAUCCAUUUAUGUUAGAAGGUGUUGAACCAGAGGAUAAUAAUGAGUUUACCAAGCAGCUGUUGGAAUCUUCUGGCAAAUUACAACUUCUGGACAAGAUGAUGGUUAAGCUUAAAGACCAAGGUCACAGAGUUCUUAUAUAUUCACAAUUUCAGCAUAUGCUCAACUUGCUUGAAGACUACUGUAACUAUAAGAAAUGGCAAUAUGAGCGGAUUGAUGGAAAAGUUCCCGGUGCAGAAAGACAAAUCCGAAUUGACAGAUUUAAUGCAAAGAAUUCUUCAAGAUUCUGUUUUCUGCUUUCCACUAGGGCUGGGGGUUUAGGAAUUAAUCUUGCAACUGCUGACACAGUAAUUAUAUAUGAUAGUGAUUGGAAUCCCCAUGCUGACCUACAAGCAAUGGCUAGAGCUCAUCGGCUUGGACAAACAAAUAAGGUAAUGAUCUUUCGACUCAUAACAAGAGGAACCAUUGAGGAAAGAAUGAUGCAAAUGACUAAGAAGAAAAUGAUUUUGGAACAUCUAGUUGUUGGAAGGCUUAAAGCACAAAAUAUCAACCAGGUAACUUAUUCACAAUCUUUGAGUUAAGACUAAAUGUGAGCU